GUAUUGAUGAAAAUAUUUUUUUAUUGGUUUAUGUCUAUCUGGUGAAAUUGACAUUUACCAAUAAAAAUCUAAUCCUUCCAAUCCUAGUUAUCCAAUGUUAAUGGACUAGGAAAAGGAUUAUCUUCCUUCUGAAUUUUUAUAUGUAGUACAUGCCAAACAGUGCAAGUUUGUUUUUCCUCUUCUUCUUCGGUGUUAAAUUUGUGUGAUUGUAAAAGCUUUUAAGAUCAUUGACAGGCCAUUUAGUAUGCAUACAAACUAUCAUUGUAUUCCUAGCUAGAAGUAUUGUGACAACCACUUUUGGUUUGGUAUUACAUAAUACUGACUUCUUAGCAGUACUGUUUUAAACUUGUUUCUUACUGUGACAAUUUCUUCAUUUGGAAAUAUCUUUAUAUGAAGUAUUCAAAUGGCUUUUCCUAUGGCAGUCUUUCCUAACUAAGUAAAAAUGAUAUUUAUGGUGAUUUUUAAACAUUUUUUCCCUCUCCUCCAAAAUGAAGAGCAACAGGCCACCUUAGAUCUACACAGGGAACCUGAGAAGCCAGUGUACUUGCACUGUUUUGGGCAUCAGAUUCCUAGCAAUUACAUUAUAGUUUCAAAUUUCUUUGGUAUCUUUAUUGUUUUUUCUUUACUUAUUCAGAAGUCACAGGGAUGCUUUAGCUUUGAGGCCGUCAAGCACCUAAUCUUGGGUUUUUUUCCUUCAUAAUUAUUAAAAGGAAGGGUUUCCUCAACUGAUGACUGCAACAGAAAAAUAUUUCUCUUUUAACUGUGUGCAGCCUGGACUUAAACCUGUGCACAUGUUCUCUAACAAAAUGCAUGUUCACAGAUUUGUACAGGUCACAAAGAUGUUGUGUGUUUUAAAAACUCCCUGAUGUCAUCAUGAUCAGCUGAGUAAUGCUGGAAAACCCUACUCUUUGCACCUGCAAAGAGAAAUCACUUCUUAAGCCUGAUAGUGCAUAUCAAGGGGGAGUGUUUUUUCUCACAGUACAUUUUCCAACAGACUAUCCUUUCAAACCACCAAAGAUUGCUUUCACAACAAAAAUAUACCAUCCAAACAUAAACAGUAAUGGGAGUAUUUGCCUUGAUAUCCUGAGGUCACAGUGGUCACCAGCUUUGACUGUAUCAAAAGUUUUAUUGUCCAUAUGCUCCUUACUUUGUGAUCCUAAUCCUGAUGACCCUUUAGUACCAGAUAUUGCACAAAUCUACAAGUCAGACAAGGAAAAAUACAACAGACAUGCAAGAGAAUGGACUCAGAAAUAUGCAAUGUAAACUUGUGAAGACUUUUUCAUAUAUACCAGAGUACUGUAAAUUCUAGGUUUUUUCAAAAUUAGAAGUAAAUGGAGCACAGUUUACUGUUUCAAUGUACCAUGAGGCCCUUUUUAAUUUUUACCCAUGUAAAGUGUGUUUCUGGAGCAAGAAAAAACAAAAUUUCAAAAAUUAAUCUUAAAACUGUGAUGAGAAUAUUUAUCCUUUUUUGUAUGCUUUGCAAAAGACAUUUAUUGUGGUUUUUAAGACUCUUGGACUUCUGCAUCUUCAGCCUACAAGCUCCCUAAUGCAGUUGUAAAGCAACCAAAUUAUUUUUUGCUGAAAAACCAGAUGUUUUACAUGAGAAAUACUGUAUGUGUCUUUAAGAUAUGUUGUCAAUUUCAUGUCUCUGUUCAAAAGUUCAUUCUGUUAGUUGUUAUAUAAUUUGUAUUUUUUUACUGUAUAGACUAAAUAUAUUUUAUUUACCAUGCAAAUUAAUUCAUUUAGACUUUUUUCCUUUAACACAGUAUUCACAUGAUACAACUGCUACUUAUGAAAUCAAUGAGGUGUUGCUCCCUAUGGGCUGUUAUACAGACUGAUUGCAGAUUUCUUAAAACCUAAAAUGAUCUUUGCACUGUAAUUCUUAACAUGCUGAUUAUGGAGAAACACUUGGUUUUUUUUAUUCUGUUGCAUACUUGACUUAAUUUUAUUGCAAUGUGAACUAAUUGCACUGCUAUGUAGAAAGAUAUGUAACUGUUUUGUUUGUUGCUAUUCAUGACUGAUUUUUUUUCCCCCCUAUAUUGGCAACAUAAUAUUCUCACAGACCUUUUACAAACCUUACUGUAGCUUUUUCCAUAUAAAUAAAAUGCUUUUUCUAC